GCAGGGGAGGCCGAGGGACGGAAAGAAAACGGGGAGUGUGUGUGAGCGUCCCAUUCUGUCACCUCUUCCCCGCUCACUCGCUCGCUGCUCCGCCCACCCCGCACUCACACACGAACCUUCUAUUCCACAGCGACUCCCACGCACUACACAGCCUCCACGCACUCAACAGAAUAUGCGUCAGGUGCCCACGGUGGGAUGGAGCGCGGGGGGUGGCGGUGGACGGCCCCCUGUGAUCCAGCCCACGGCCUAUCAUAACACCGGGCCGGGGGUCAAGUGUUGUUGCUGUACCUGUUGCAGCUGUGUCAACCUGCAAGUCGUCAGGACCAAGCCGGGCAUGUUGAAGCUGGCGGAGUUGAUCCUGUCCGCCAUCUGUCUCACCCUCUCGCUGGACUUCGGGUUGGCCUACAGCAGUACCAUGGGAGAGGCGUUCACGGUCUUUCUGGUCACCUCCUGCGCCUGCCUCCUCGUGGUCAGCCUCCUCCUCUUCUGCUACCUCAUCUCCGCCAACUCCUUCAACCUCAUCCGAUCCUCCGUGCUGGAGACGGUCUUCAACAUCCUGGCCUGCGUUCUCUAUCUCACCUCGUCGUCCUACCUGUCCUGGGCCGUCAACACCUGGCUCUACAUCGAAUACCUCUACAAGAUCCAGUACGCCGUCUACCCCGCCAUGUCCGCCGCCUACGUCCUGGGGCUGGCACUGGGGGUGAUUCACGGCCUGGAUGCCUGGAUCGCCUACAGACACCUCAAGGGCAGACCCGGCCUGUAGAAGACAGCGAAAGUCUGGAUCAAGGGUCACAAAUUGCAUUAAUACUCCCGACCUUUAAAGCGACGUAAGGCACUAAACUAUUUUUAAGACUUUUACAAUAUAGCAGAAUAAUAAAUCUUUUUCUAGUC